AUGAAAUAUUUAGGUCCUUUGAAAUAUUUUCUUGGGAUAGAAGUUUCCAGAUCUAACAAUGGAAUUUUUCUCCCUCAAAGGAAAUAUACCCUAGAUCUUAUAAAAGAAAUUGGAAUGGAAGGGUGUCAUCUUGUCGAUACUCCUACAGAAGAAGGCUUGAAAUUGUGUUUUGAACCAAACCAAGUACCUGUGGAUAAAGGAAUAUAUCAAAGACUUGUAGAAAGAUUGAUGUAUUUGGCUCACACAAGACCAGAUCUAACCUAUGCAUUAAGUGUUGUUAGUCAGUAUAUGCAUAAUCCAGGAGAACAACACAUGAAUGCAGUCAUGCGCAUCCUAAGGUAUCUGAAGUCAGCUCUAGGAAAAGGCAUCCUAUUCACUAAACAUACUUAUUGUUGCAUAAUUGCAUAUACUGAUGCUGAUUGGGCGGGAUCAAUCGAUGAUCGGAGGUCUACCUUAGGUUACUUUACUUUUGUAGGUGGCAACCUUGUUACAUGGAGAUGCAAAAAACAAAAUGUGGUUGCACGCUCUAGCGCAGAAGCUGAAUUUAGAGGUAUGACACUUGGUCUUUGUGAAGCUUUAUGGUUGAGGCUACUUCUUGAAGAUUUGGGGUAG